AUGGCGGCCAAGAAACGUAAACAGAGUGGUCAUGCCAAGGUAAAGAAGAAAGCUCAGAUCAAGAAGGUGCUGGACGUGCAAGAACGAAGUGAUAAUGUCCAGCAGGAGACACAGAAAUGUCAUGCGAAUACGGAGCAAGAUGGUGUAUCUCUGAAGCCGGAAAAUGCUGUUUUUACUGCUAUUACUGAGUGUUCAGGGCUUCUUUCAGCUGAAUUAGUGCAAAAAAUGGGUGGAGAAGAUGCUGGUGGUGCGCUCGUGUUGCCGGGGCAUCGUGAAAAGAAGCAAAAGACGGAACUAAUGUCCGAGGAACUGCUGCAACAAGCUCAACAGAUGAGCAAGAGCAAACGGAAGAAGAUGGAGGUAAUUGCUGCCAAGAAAAUAAAAGAGGCAAGACGUGCGGACAUUUACAAGUCGUUGGAGAAGCAGCAACUGUCACAAGAUCAGAUGAAACUCAUGUACAGCACGUCACAAAUGGGACACAAGGAGACGUUGCGAGAACGUCUGAAACGAUCAAUGAAUCGACAAAAAGCAGGAAUUGCAAUCUCGGAGGAUGCAAUGAAUGAACUAUUGAAGAAGACAAACAGGAGUGAGGAAGAGGAAGAAGAGGAGGAGGAGGAGGAGAAAGAUGACGAGGAGCUGGUGGAGGUGAAGAGCGAGAAGAUAAACGUGACGCAACAUGAGGAACAGGCAGAUGAUACUGUUGCUACAUUGACUGUUGUCAAGACUGAUAAGACUGCGAUGAUUGAGGAUGUUACUCAAGAAAAAGGCGGUAAGAGAAAGCGUCGCAAAAAAAAGUAG